UCGUAGUCUGCUGCGGGUGGUCCGCCAAAAGCCAAUCUCUGGCUGAUUUAAAAUUCUGAGAUAGCUUUUGACUGGUAAAUGUAAGAGAGAAAUAUCUGAAUAUUUCGCUUUGGUUUUUGUCGUCUGAGGACGGCCUUAUCUCAUUUGAGAUGAAAUUUAGGGUGCUUCUUAUACUUUGCCUGGCAUGGUUAUCUCAGGCGUCGCCGAUUUCACGGAGAGAUAAAAGAGAUGCAGAUGACCUAGAAGCCGACAAAGAAGUUAGAACAAUAAUUUCUGCAAUAGUGGACGCAAUUCUGGACGGGGACAAGACGCGCCGUUCGGAAAUACCAGAUAAUGAGGAAGAUGAGUCGGAAAAGUUGUCCAGCACAGUAAGUAGCCUAAUACCUGGCACAAGCAAUGUAGAAACCAAUGAUGAAAUUAGUGACAAGCAAUAUCUUACAAAGAAAAGAAGGAGUUUUAUUCCGGUAGAAAAAAAAUUAGAGGAACAUUCAGUUUACGAGACUGAACCCAAAGAACAAGCAGAGGAUGCAAAGGCAGAGACCUCUGAAAGUGAACUAUCGGGCGAGAAUCAGCCAUUAACCUCAGGAGAUUCAGAAGAUUCAGAGCCCGAGAAAGAAUCCGAAGAGUCGGUAGCCUCAGAAGGAGAAAACACAGAAUAUUCCAAAAGAAGUGACAUUCCGAAAAUUUUUAAACCGGGCGACGAUGAGUCGUCAGAAAGGAGAGAAACUGCUGAGUCAAGGAAGUCAAACCAGUCAACGGACGCGCCUUCAAGCGGAUCCGGAGAAAGUGCAUCAUCCGACGAAGCUGAAGACACAAAUGAAGCCUCUGCGUCCGCAAAAGACGUAGAAUCAUCUGGUGUGGCUGUAAAAAGAAACGUCAUCCCAACAGAAGUAUUUGAAGAAGGUAAUGCCAAAUACAAUGACGAUGAUGAUGACGAAGAGGAAAUGGAUGGGUCUGGUUCCACAUCGGAAUCUGGUGACUCCGAGGAUUCCGAAGAAUCCGGUGAUUCUAGCCAGGGAGAGUCAGAUGGAAACAAACCAACAACACCCAUGGAAUCCACCGAAGUUUCCUCUGACCAAACUCAAGAAAAAGAACCAAAGAAGGUUGAAGAUGAGACAGCAACGUCAGAAUCGGACGACGAAAGUUCAGCUUCAGGAGAAUUUGGCGAAUCAGGAGAGUCUGGUGACUCUGAUGAGUCUGGUGAAUCAGGAGAGAGUGGGGCAUCUGGUGAAUCAGGACACGCUGCUGAGUCAGGAGAAAGCGGAGAAUCUGGAGAAUCAGGAUACGGUGAUGAGUCAGGAGAAAGCGGAGAGUCGGGAGAAUCGGGGGACAGCGAGGAGUCUGGUGAAUCAGGAGAAAGCGGUGAUUCUGUGGAAUCUGAUGCUGAGUCAGAUGUGGUGAAGAGAAAUGAAAUUCCAAAGGAAGAUAAAGAAUCAAGCAAACAAGAAGAUACUGAGGAAAGCGGUGCCUCUGGAGAAUUCAAAGAGGUGGUUGAAUCGGAUGAAAUGGAAGAUUCCGGAGAGUCUGACGAGAGUGGAGAGAGUGGGGAAUCUGGAGACUGGGGAGAAAGUGCUGCAUCUGGAGAGUCUGGAGAUAACGAGGAAUCCGGAGAGUCUGGUGAAUCGGCGAUUAGCAAACGAAAUGAGAUUCCUAAAGAGCAAGAUACGAAAGAAAACGACGAGUCAAGUGCGUCAGAGGAGUCUGGCGAUGCUGUCGAAUCAGGUGUAUCGGGGGAUUUUGAAGAAUCAGGCGAAUCCGGCGAUUUUGAAGAAUCCGGUGAGUCCGGCGACUUUGAAGAAUCCGGUGAGUCCGGCGAUUUUGAAGAAUCCGGCGAGUCGGGAGACUUUGAGGAAUCUGGUGAGGCAAGUGACGGAACAGUAUCCAAAAGGAGUGAAAUUCCCACGGAAACACAAAAAGCAAUAAAGGAGAUUUCAAAGGCGGCUGAAAAAUCUAGCAGUGGCAGUUUAUCCGAUCAAUCAGCGGACAAAGAAACCAGUAAGUCUGAAGUUCUUCCUGAAACCAAAGAAAGCAGCCAACCGGCUGAAAUUGCACAGACUGAGAAAUCGGACCAAACCAAAGAGUCUGACCAAUCAGGAGAAGAAUCUGGAGAGGGCAGUGAAAGCGGAGAAUCAGGGGAGAGUGGAGAAAGUGGAGAGUCUGGGGAAAGCGGAGAAACUGGUGAAAGUGGAGAAAGCGGAGAGUCUGGGGAAAGUGGAGAAAGUGGUCAAAGUGGAGAAUCAGGAGAAAGCGGAGAAUCAGGGGAGUCUGGAGAGAGCGAGAUCACUAAGAGAGAUACAAUUUCAAGAGAUACCAGCGAUGCUGAAAAAGACUUGAGUGGUUCUAGCGCUUCAGGAGAGACUUCCAGCGAUAGUGACGAGUCCGAGGAAUCCGGUGAAUCAGGAACCUCGGGCGAGUCUGGAGAAGGCGGAAUAUCAAAGCGAAGCGAGAUACCAUCAGAAGAAAGGAAGGAAGAUGAAGAUUCAGAGGAAUCCGACGAGUCCGACAAUUCUGGUUCUGGAGAGAGUGCAGAAUCGGGGGAAAGUGCAGAGUCUGGAGAGAGUGGCGAAUUUAGUGAAAGUGAGGAGUCUGGAGAGAGCGGCGAAUCUGGUGAAAGCGAAGAGUCUGAAGAGAGUGACGAAUCCGGUGAAAGUGAGGACUUCACUGAAUCGGAUGAAAGCGGAGAAGCAGCGAUCUCAAAAAGAAACGAAAUACCACAGGAACAAAGUGCUGCAGUUAUUCCAGAUUACGAAGACGUGGAAGAUUUUGAAGAAUACGGAAAUUCUGAAGAAAGUGAAGAAAGCGGAGAGAGUGGGGAGAGUGGAGAAAGCGGAGAAAGUGGAGAGAGUGGAGAGAGUGGAGAAAGCGGGGAGAGUGGGGAGAGCGGGGAGAGUGGGGAGAGUGGAGAGAGUGGAGAAAGCGGAGAAAGUGGAGAGAGUGGAGAGAGUGGAGAAAGCGGGGAGAGUGGGGAGAGCGGGGAGAGUGGGGAGAGUGGAGAGAGUGGAGAAAGUGGUGAAUCAGCUGACGGAGGGAUUGCCAAACGAAGUGAUAUACCCAAAGACCAGCAAGAAUCAAAGGAUUUAUCUGGAUCAGGAGAUUUACCUAAGUCUUCGGCUGAAUCCGGUGAGCGCGAAGAGUCCGGUGAGUCUGGUGAGUCUGGCGAGUCCGGUGAGUCUGGCGAGUCUGGCGAGUCCGGCGAGUCCGGCGAGUCCGGCGAGUCUGGCGAGUCUGGCGAGUCCGGCGAGUCCAGCGAGGCCGAAUACAAGCGAAACUUCAUCCCGAGGGAAAGCGACGCCAAAGAUGAUGAUGAUGACGAAGAUUCAACUGUGGAAACUGAAAGCAAAGAACAAGAUUCCUCUGAAGGGGAACGAGAAGGGAGUGCUGAUCAGCAUGCCAACACAAGAGGGAAAGUCAUUACUGAAACCAUGGAUGACAUCGCUAAAGCCGCACUGGACAACAAAAUUGAGAGAAAGUCGGACAUCAUCCACAGUUUACCGCGAAACACCGAAGAAUUUCCGAUCAGUGAGAAAGAAAGCAAAUCGCAAGUAAGAGAAAGGAAGACUGGUGCUGCUCUUAAGAAUUUGUUCACUGCGCUGGCAGACGGUGAGACGCAUGCGUCAGGGUCAGGAGAGGAGCUUGCUUUGAGAGAAAAAGCUCAAAGUACAAAUUUCGUUAAAAGAGAGCCUUUGGAAACAAAUGGAAUGAAGAAUGCUUUGGACGAGAUCUGGACACAAGAGGACAGUGCCCUCAAUGAUGCUGAAUCAGCUAAUAUUAAUUUAAAGGAGAAACAAGAAUUUACACAGCUCGCAGCCACUUUAAAGCGUUCACUGCCUUCAAAGGACUCUGAAAAAGCCACAGAAGUCGAUAAAGAUGUGGAGGCAUUGGAGGGCUAUGCUGACGCUCUUACAGAGGUUGGAGGUUUAACACCCGAACAUCACAAAGCAAUCGCCACUAAACUUGCUUUGGACCUCAUGGAGGACCUCAACAUUGAUGAAAAGGAACGAUCUGAUCUUUUGAAAAAAGAAACAGCCUUCAUCAAAGAUGCAGAGAUCGCAUAUGUUAAAAGUAGGAUCACCGAAGUAAAAAAAGAAAUGAUAAAGUUUGCCCAAGAGCACCCAGGUGACAAGGAAAGCAUUCGUGCAGAAGCAAUCAAAAGAUUGGAGGAUGUAGUUGAGAAACUUCCUCUCAGAAAGGCAACCAUUGAAGCUCAAGAACACAAACUAAAGAGAUCCCCCAUGCUCCAGCAAAUUGUUGCUUCUACAAGCAAAAGAGAAUUGAGAGAAAGAAUCAGAAGAGCUUUAGCUGAUUUUAUUGCUGAGGACGUCGCAUGAACUCCGAGUAGGACAGAAGAGUGACUAAGGCCACGAAAAGCCUUCAAAUCGAGCCAUAAAUGAAGUCAUGUACACAUAGGGUUCAAGCUACAAAAGUGACAUUUAGUUUACUAUGUUGGCAUGACAUACGUUUGUAUAAACAGAACUUAUACAAUAGGCUAGAUAUCUUUAGUUCCUUCAUAAUCACAAAUGUAUUCAUUCAACCAGCCAUUCCUUGACCAGUGCCUGAAAAAAAAAAUGUAAAGUUGAUUUUGUUUGUUGAUUGAUUCCGUAACAUGCUAUGGGUUUCUCUUCCCAUGGAAUUGCAGCUUAAACUUUUUAAAUUAUAUUAAUUGUUUUAAGCAUUUUGAUUAAGGUCUGUUAAAGACCUCUACUGUCACAUAAAACCCGACGACUUUCUCAUACAGGGACUUUGGUAUGGUUGAUAAGGACAAUAGGCCAAGCAGGGCCCGAUGACGUCAUUGUACAAGUUUGCAAAGAAUGCAGGGAAUAAAAACUCGAACAUUUCAAGAUGUGGGGAGUUGUUUAUUUUAGUAAUUACUAGUAAAAGUUCAAGCCCUGCGCAGAUAAAUAAAACUGAAUUAACGACCAAGUAAUUGUAACCCGCUUAAUAGAUUUGUAGCUUUAUGGUCAGAUAAUUAAAAAUUGUAAAUUUGAUCUAUGGAUGUAAAUAAAUUUCUGAAAACAAGCAA